AUGUUGGCCAUGAUAAACGCCUCCAGAGCAGCAUUUAUGGCACGCACCCUGUGACCUCGACCACUCCCAAGGUUUCCGAAGCCAUGCCAUUUUCGUCAUAAGAGUACAGAUGUGAAAGCUCGCUCGUCGACCUCCAACUCGACGGAAAUCAGGGAAAUAGUUUCAACUGCUGAACCAAAAGUACCUGAUCAGAAACAGACGGAGACUGAGUAUAAAAGGCUUGAGUCUGUUGAGGGCAAGCUGGAGGAUAGAAAGUCUACGGAUGGGAAGCCCACAGACAACAAGAACGACGACUGGCAACCGGAAUACAAACACCCACUUCCAUAUGCCAUCAAGCAUCCCGGUAUCUUCGUAGGAGGCGUGGUCGGAGGAAUAUUGCUUCUCUACGUUAGUGUUCUUUCAUUCAAUGACUUCCGACUUGAACAAAGUAGCUGACUGACGCUCGUGAACCACAGUUGACAUCGCGUCAAUUCAAAGUAGUCGACGAGCUUAGCACAUACCUUGAAGAUCAUCCCCCACCACCAGGGGGAGGCUCCAAAUGGCUAUGCGAAACGGCCUACCAAUACGCGAGCUUCACACCUUUUAGAUAUAAAUACGUCCAUAAACUAGCCGAGAAACUUUCCUCUGACCAAGAAGCCAACGGUCACGAUAUCGACCUACUUGCCAACGAAGCGUGUGAACAAUUGAAAACGAUAACAAUCACCCGCAGCGACAUGAAGAACCUCACGAAAGCAUGGCAGGUCAUCUAUCGAUACGCGACUCAGAUGAUUUACUACCAAGCAGGUGGGCAAAAGAGACAGCUCGUUGAAAAUUGGAGGAAGCGUCUGGAGACCCUGCAGCCGUAUAUUCGGAAAUGUCCAGAGUUAGGGGACAUCGUUGACGAGAAUGCGGAAUUGAUGAUGGAAGUCGAUUUUGAUAGGUUGUUGGCUGUUGUUAGGGAUGCGGCUAGGCGGUCUAAAGGACCUUUGAAGCCUACGGUUCCUUCGAUACCAAAACUCGGGAUGAAGAGAGGGAUGGUUACUCGAGCGUUCGUUUUGAUAAAAUCUGUGGAGGAUGAGAAGCUGAAGGCUCAGGGACGGCUAAAGCAAGAGGCAGAGGAAAAGGAAAGAAGAAGGGCAGAGAUGGAAGCUAAGCAAAGGGCGGAGAAUAGGACGUGGAGGGAAGCGGUUGCUUUCAGCAAAAUCCUUAGUAGGCCGGUUUCCCCUCCUCCUAGUUCCACGAUUAUCACAAAGGUUAUUGAGCGUGAGUUAUUGGACAAGUAUGCAAAAGGGUUUGAGACGGCCGAUCGUGGAACGACAGACCAGUCUUCUUCUUCUAAGGGAGUUGAGGGAGCGGUCAACGAGGCGAAUGACGGAGAUGUAGAUUGA